CCCAGCAAGCAGCAGGUGGUGGCAUUAUAUAAAAAAAAAAACUUCGUGGCACUCCGUAUCCACUAGUUGGUACACAAUCAGAAAAAAAACUGCGGAUCCAAGAAAAGCUUACUCACGGAACUGAAUCAUCAAAAUGGCGACCUUGAUCUGGUGCGCAUGCGUGCUGUUAUUAGCUGACUUCACAAGAGCCGCCCACGAUAUCGACGUGGAUCGCCUGGCCAAUCAGCAAUCAGAUCUCGUGAGAGAGACGUUCAACGUCAUAGAGGACGCCAUUGCAGCGCAAUAUGAGAUGUUCGACGUCCGCAUCAAGGGAUUAGAAGCUCGAAUUGAAGAGUUGGAGCGAGUUAUUGCUGAAGGGUCUUUCGCUCCCGAUCCACCUGUUGAGCCUGUACCGGUUAAUCCUAAGCCUAAGCCCGUCAAACCGAAGCCUCAGCCCGAGCCCGAGCCCGAACCCGAACCCGAACCCGAACCCGAACCCGAACCCGAACCCGAACCCACGACCAGUACAAGAGCCCCGACCACGACAAGAACGACGACUACAGAGGAGGCACCAGUGGCCCUAGCACCGCCACAGACAUGUCAAGAGAUAUUCGACCGAGGGGAGAGGACCAGCGGUUCCUACUCAAUCGAUCCAAAGGGAUUGGGGACACCGUUCAAUGUACAGUGCAAUAUGAUAGACGGCGCAGUUCAAACGGUCGUCGGUCAUGACAGUGAGACUGAGCAGCGGAAUAAUGGAAACAAAGCUGCCGGGAGUUAUCAACUCACACCUUCCUACAAUGCCGACCUGGAUCAGCUGGCCGCCCUUGCAGAUGUCUCUACAAGUUGCCAACAAUUUAUCAAGCUCCGAUGUAAGUCGGCAGUCCUCUUCUCCAAGAAGGGUGUAGACUACGGUUGGUGGGUCUCUCGAGACGACGAGACAAUGAGAAGCUGGGGUGGUGUUGAGGCAUCAACGUCAAGCCGAAGCUGUGCUUGCUCUGAAACCAAUGAUUGUCCAUCCGGAAAGUCGUGUCGCUGCGACGCAGCCAGUAAAGAAGAGACUAUCGAUGAGGGCCUAUUGACAAACAAGGAGUACCUCCCAGUCAAGGCUGUCUACCUGGGCGACACUGGAGGCAGGAAACAGACAUCUUACCUUACCCUUGGUAGCUUAGUCUGCAUGGACGCCUAGUAAACCAGACUAUUCUCCAUUAAAAUCUUCAUUCAGUCGCCAUUUUGAUUUUUUUUUCCAACACAAACAGGCGUUAUUCCAACUACAUGUACGGGCUACAUAUAUUUUUUUUUCGUAAGGGCACUUGCACACACAAUUAACACAAAAUUACCUGCAAGCGCCGGAUUUCUGCGCUAGCCUUGUAAGCGUUGAAUGCCUAGUAACGUAGAGUACGUACGCGCAGAAGCCAUCAUAUGCCGCUAACCAGUGAAAUACGCUUACCGUAAGCGCAUAAUGCCCUGCUUCCGUAAGCGCCGAUGCUUUGCUUACGGUAAGCAGAGCUAUGACAUUGGGCCCUGGUUGCCUAUAAAUUGCCCCGUGUGUGACAUGGUCAUAAGGCUUUGUUAUUCGUCCAAAACAAAACUGACUUCAACGUUGGACUUCGAACUUUCCUUCCCCAGCGCUGAGAAUUUAUUCUUCGAGAGCAAGAAAUUAUUCUUGACCUUUUAAGUAAAUAUUCUAAAAGGUAAAUUUUUUGAUUGAUUUUUGUUGUUUACAACUAAAUAAGACCGUCACUAAGGAAAAA